GGGACGGAACCAGCUGACGUCACCGCACAUUUGUUGUAAACAUGGCGUCCGUGACAACAGCCACCUCAGAGUGGAUCCAGUUUUUUAAGGAUGCCGGGAUUCCAGCUGGCCUUGCAGUCACUUAUGCAGUCUCCUUCGUGGACAACAGGAUAAACAAGAACAUGCUGAUGGACCUGAGUAAAGACAUCAUGAUGGACCUCGGCAUUACGGUCAUUGGCGACAUCAUCGCCAUUCUUAAACAUGCCAAGCAGGUCUACAGGCAGGACAUGUGCAAAAUGGCCACAGAAGCCAUCUCCUCAGGACAGACCAGUGUUAAAGCUGAGCUCAGAAGAACUGCUAAUACUCCUGCCACUCGCAUGAUUGCCAACGCUCUGAGCAGUGACUCUCCACCCGCCACGCCAGCCCGCCGACCUGACAACCGCCUCUCAGUCACAGUGUCCAACACGCAAGCAAACAAAAGUGGCAAAGCAGUUAUAAGUCAGCCAGCUGAUGAGGGGAACGGUUUGCCAGCAGUGAAGCGCCGACGAGUGACAGCUGAGAUGGAAGGCAAGUACAUCAUCAACAUGCCCAAAGGCUCCACUGAUCGCACACGCCGCAUCCUGGCCCAGCAGGCCAAGAAAGGUUUGAAACGCACCUCUGUGUUUGCAAGACUUGGGGCUGAAUCGAAGGCAGACACAACAACAAGCAAUAACAAGCCCACCGGUGUGUUCAGUCGUCUCGGCGGAGGGAAUGAAGACGAUGGCGGGCUGAGGCCGAUCAAAAUGUCUGCAACCAUGGACGUAGAAGACGAGGAUGACAGUGACGGAGAAGGCUCCGUCCUCCAGUACGCCGGCGUCCUCAAGAGACCUGCCCCCUCCCAGAAGAAAGAGCCGGCCACAAAACCAGCCCCGACUACCCUGCGGCGCCUAGGAGGAAAAUUCAAACUACCUCCCUCUGACACUCCCUCCUCCUCCUCCUCCUCCUCCUCGGCCCCCAAUGGCCUCCCCCCUGCCAAGGUUAGUGUGCUCCAGAGACUGGGCAAGCCCCACGGCACACAUCAGAGCACCGCUUUGUCACCCAUUCCUGCUGACACGCAGGACAACAGGGUGACCAGCACCAAGCCCAAAGCCAAGGAGGGCCUGGCCAUAGCCAGCCCCAAGGUCAGCAGCAGCACCGGGGCAGCUGGGGGGGCAGGAGGGGCAGGAGGGGCAGGAGGGGCAGGAGAGGCUUUUGGUGCCCAGAUGGACGUGAGGGCUAUUAGUGUUUUUAAAAGACUGGGCAGCAAGAGAACCUAACCCACAAAUACUCCUUAAAAAGGAUUAUUCAGACUCUUUCUUUAACUCCUUUAUAGAAUUUGUAUCUCCACCUUUUUGCAUUUUUCCUGGCGACUUGUAGGAUUGCAGAUUGGAGCGAUUUCUUUUACUCUU